AAGAAUAUUUUUUAUAAAGAUAUAAAUGAAUGCACAAUAAAUAAUGGUGGCUGUAAACGACAAUGUACAAAUUAUCCUGGUUCCUUUAAAUGUUCUUGCAUUUCUGGGGAAAUAUUAAGUUCGGACGGACGAUCUUGUGAAAAAAUGAAAAAGUGUGAAGUUAACAAUGGAGGAUGUGAACAAAUAUGCACAACAUUACAUAAUAAUAAGAUUUUAUGCAGCUGUUAUAAUGGAUAUUUACUGUCAGAAAAUGAAAAAAGUUGUAUUGAUAAAAAUGAAUGCAGUAAUCUGAAUGGUGGAUGUCAACAUAAUUGUAGUAAUUCUCCUGGAUCAUACUAUUGCACUUGUAUGGAAGGUUAUCAAAUAUCAGAAGAAAAUAAAUUUGCUUGUAAACCAAUUUGCAAUCCACCUUGUUUGAAUCAUGGUAUGUGCAUUGCUCCUAAUAAGUGCAGUUGUCCACCUGGUUAUCCUGGUCCAAGUUGUUCUGCUUUUUGUAAUCCUCCAUGUUUAAAUGGAGGAACCUGUGGAAGAUGGGGUCGUUGCUUGUGUCCUGCAAAUUUCUUUGGAACAAGUUGUGCAAGUGCUGUAUGUGUACCGUCUUGUCAAAAUGGAGGUAAAUGUGUGCCACCAGGUGUUUGUAAAUGUCCUCCUCAAUAUAUUGGUAAACAGUGCCAAAACUUUCGAUGUACACCUCCAUGUGAAAAUGGUGGUACUUGCAGAGGUAUCAAUACUUGUUUAUGUCCUAAAGGUUAUGGAGGAGGAAGAUGUCAAAAAGUUUUUUAUCAGUGUAUUCCUGCAUGUCAAAAUGGUGGAACUUGUGUAGGAAGAAAUAAAUGUCAGUGUAUGCCUGGAUAUACAGGAAGCUUUUGCGAAAAAAUGGAACAGAUUGAAUGUCGGCCACCAUGCCAAAAUGGGGGAAUGUGUGUGCCUAAUAAUGUAUGUAAAUGUCAAAAUGGAACAUCUGGAUAUAGAUGUCAACAAAGGAAUUGUCCAAUAGUAACUUUUACCGAAAAAGUGAUGAAAGGAAUGAGAGUGCCAAAAACGGUAUCAUAUAAAGCACCCUGUGGAAGAUUUGGAUGGCAAACUUGUGUAUCAUACAGGACAGUACAAAAAUAUGUGUAUAGAACAACAUAUAAAGUGGGCUACAAAAUUCAAUGUAAUAGUGUUUCAACUGUUAAUUAGUAUAUAAUCUGAAUUAAUCUUCGUUUAUAACAAUUUAUUAUUGAACGCUUCCAAGAAAUUAUAUGCAUAAUAAUACAUUAUUAAAAUUAUGUUCCUAUUUUAUUCCAGUUAUAAAUAGAAUAGUUUAAAAUGUAAAACUAUAAAUAUACAAAAUCAAAAUUUUUUACAUUUCAUUAAUUAUACAAGCUUAUAAUCAAAUAAAAUUUAAUUAAUGCCAUUAAAAUUUAUAAUUA